AUGCUCAAUGGAACACUGACAACAACCCAAGGUCAAGCAUUUGGACCUCUGCCCUCUGAGCUGCUUCUGAACGUCUUAGACCAGCUCGUGGAAACAUGCAACGAUUACCGCCCUGUAGUACGCUCACGAUUCGACAUAGUAACCAGGACACUGCACUCGCUUACCUUAGUCUCACGCAGUGUCCACCCGAUGGCUACCGAAUAUCUUUACUCAAACUGCGUGUGGCUGGAUUGUCCAGGGAUCUUGAGCCACUUUUGCGCAACAUUAGGACUGGAUCAUGAGCAUCAAACCACUGUACAAAAUAUCAAAGGACCCCCGAAACCUAUUUUCUCGCGAUACGUUACGUCGAUACACAUAUCACCUGUACCAAAAAGAAACCUGUGGGAGGAUGAUUGGACAGACUCUAUCAGAUUACCGACGAUCAUCAACUUAUUUAACACCAUUGGGCCUAACUUGAAAAGAUUGCAUCUUAGCUUGAAUCAUUUCAUCUUCUGUUGGGAUGAUACGGAAGCCGAAGGCUCGUAUGUCAUUGAUCCUAACAUUUACUCAAAUAUGUUGCUUCUAGAGGAGUUAAUCAUCUGCUGCUACGUCAUUGGCCGUUUCCCCAACCCGCCGCAGUAUAUCAAACGACUUGCCAUAGUUACUGAUCAUUUUGGAGAUGCAGAAUGCAACUUCUAUCAAUCUUCGCCAUCUCUUGAAUCAUUGGUAUUCUUGCGGCCAUAUACAAUGACGGCUGAUGACGUUGAUACCCUCGUCGAUUUGUAUCAGGGAGAAAGUCUGGACAUCAUUCUUGUCGACAUGGAUUCAUACUAUACAACACCAAUCGGAACACGGAACUGGAAAUCAGAUCAUACAGUGCGUAUAUGGGAAGCUUCUAUGCCGCCCAGCCGCGGAAAUCCAUCUGGCCAAUGGAUAUGGGAUCAAGGUGCUGCAGGUACACUAUGGGACCAAAAGCAGCGACGCAUGCCACUGUGGUCAGAAAUUGAAGGAGAUUAG